CGGAGACGGAGCGGAUGAAGCUCCGGAUCCUCAGCUUCCCUUCCGUCCUUUACCCUGAUUUUAACCCCGGGUUCGAGCUUCCAUCCCCGGCAGGAGGAGGAUGAUCCAUCGCCAGGUGAUCCUGGCCCAGAACUUGUACCAGAACCGGGUCGUGACUUUGGCCUCCAUGGCGUCGCCGACGCGCCAGAACCGCCAGCGCUACAAGGACGCGGCGGCGCGUCACAGCUACGGCCCCGAUAGCUUCGCCGUCAACGGCCUGGACCUAGCAUCGCCGCUAGCGCCGCGCUGCAGCAGCGACACCGACCUGGUGUCGCCCGACGGGCGCUCCACGCUAGCCGUUAGCUCCGCCCACUACACCGUCGGCCAAUCGGAGCAGCUGCUGAUCAGCUGGGACGUCAAGGAGGACGUGGACGCCGGAGACUGGAUCGGGAUGUACCGCGUCGACGAGCCUCGGUCCGAGAACUUCUUGGACUACAAGAACCGCGGCAUCAACGGGUCCCAGACGGGCCAGAUCGUGUGGAAGAUCGAGUCCAGCUGCAACCUGACCGACGUGGAGACCCGGGUCUGCUUCAGGUACUACCACGGCGUCACCGGGGCCCUGAGGGCUACGACGCCUAGCGUCACCGUCAGGAGGAGCAAUGUGCCCGUCCUGAAGCCGCUGGUGAGUCCUGAGAUCAACCUGAACAACAGGAACAACCGGAGACUCGUCAACUUCUGCCUGUCAGACCUGCAGGCCGUGGGUCUGAAGAAGGGAAUGUUCUUCAACCCGGAUCCGUACCUGAAACUCUCCGUCCGUCCGGGGAAACACAGCAUCUUCCCGUCGCUGCCGCACCACGGCCAGGAGACCCGGUCCGGGGUGGCCGGCAACACGGUGCACCCCCGGUGGCCGUCUGAGAGGUUCAACUUCGUGUCUCUUCCCACCGACGUCCUGGAGAUCGAGGUGAAGGACAAGUUCUCCAAGAGCCGCCCGAUCAUCAAGCGUUUCCUGGGGAAGCUGUCGGUGCCGGUGCAGCGGCUGCUGGAGAAGCACGCUAUCGGGGACCGCAUGGUCAGCUACUCUCUGGGUCGCAGAGUUCCGACGGAUCACGUUUGCGGGCAGUUGCUGUUCCGCUUCGAGCUAACGAUCCACUCAGAUGACGAGGAGGCGUCCCUGGUGGCUGAGGUGGGACGUCCUGGUGACGCCCGCCCCGCCGCCGUCGCCUCCGACGACGACGCCCUGAGCCUGGGGCCGGACACGCCGGAGCUCCCCCUGGACGCCCCACCGGACCCCGGGGCCUCAGGGGGGCCGCCGCCCCCACAGGAGGACCCGCCGCCCCCAGACCAGGCCCCGGGGCCGCCGCCCCCACACCAGGACCCUGCAGGGGCCCCGGACGCCCCAGAUGAUGGAGAGACAGAGCAGGACACCCUGGUGGAGGAGGAAACCCCACCCUGCAGAUUUCAGGUAGAGCAGGUGGACGAGGAGGCCGAAGAGCCGGAGGACGGAGAUAGAGGAGGGGGGGACCAGACGGACCCUGGUCCAGGUCCAGACCCUGGUCCAGAGACCGGAGGGGGGCAGGGAGAGGUGGAGGCCGACUCCACCCAUGCUGAGGCCUCCACCGACGGAGAUGCUGCUGCUGCUGGAGGGGCUCCGUCAGAGCAGGGCCCCCUCGGGCCCCCCCAGGAGGAACCAGAUAAAACCUUCAGCGUCGUGUCCCAGACCCCGACCCGGCGCCGGACCCGGCCCUGCUCUCUGCCGGUGUCGGAGCUGGAGACGGUACUGGCGUCGGCCUGCGGGGAACCGGAGACGCCGCGGACGCACUACAUCCGCAUCCACCACCUGCUGCACAGCCUGGACCAGGACCAGGACCGGGACCAGGACCGGGACCAGGACCGGGACCAGGACCAGGACCAGGACCAGGACCUGGUCCAGGACCUGGACACCACCAGCACCACCCUGGACUCCACCUCCCCCACACUCAAGACCUGCAAGGACGAGGACGGCCCGGAGGAGGACGAGGACACCACCCAGUCCCCGUCCCAGGUCCCGGAGUGUCCCGGUCUUUGCUGCAGGCGGUCGUUGCCCCGCAGCCUCUCCAUCGAGCGUCUGUCGGAGCUGAACCAGCUGCUGGAGGGAGGAGGCCGAGCGGACCCCCCCUCGGGCGACUCCUCCAGGGCCUGCGUCCACCGGGGGCCCCCGGGGGGCCACGACUGUGAGUUCUGCUACUCCACCUCCUGCUACUCCACGUCCUGCUACUCCACGUCCUGCUACUCCACCUCCUGCUACAGCAGCUCCGGCCACCAUGAUCUCCAUCCAUCGAUCAACCACCGCCUGUCGUCCGUGGACAGCAACCGUCUCUCCGGCAGCACCGUCUUCUCCUCGCAGGACGAGGACGAGGACGAGGAGGGGAGCGCCUUCGAGACGGCGCCGCCGCCGCCGGACCCAGGCCGGUCCGAGGACCCGGACCAGGACCGGGACGGGGACCAGGACCCGGACCAGGACCAGAACCAGGACCAGGACCAGGACCGGAGCCUCCUUCCAUCGGCCCGGAGGGGGGACCAGGGGGAGGAGGCGGGGGCCGGGCCCAGCAACAGGACCAGCAUCGACUGGGAGGCCCGCGUCGACAGCCACGGCCGGGUUUUCUACGUGGACCACGUCAACCGGACGACCACGUGGCAGCGGCCGAGCCACGGCGGCAAGUGCAGCCACGGGAUCCCGCGCUCCGGCUCCACGCAGCAGAUGGAGCAGAUGAACCGGAGGUACCAGAACAUCCAGAGAACGAUGGCCACAGAGGAGGAUUCUGGGAGUCGGAGUUCAGACGGGGACUCGGACCCCAACCCGCCCUCAGGCCCCGCCUCCCCUGUCAAUCACCAGAAGAUCAGCCACCUCCUCCAAUCGCCGGCCGUCAAGUUCGUCACCCACCCGGAGUUCUUCACCGUGCUGCACAGCAACUACGCGGCGUACCGCAUGUUCACCAGCAGCAGCUGCGUGAAACACAUGGUGCUGAAGGUUCGACGCGACGCCCGGAACUUCGAGCGCUACCAGCACAACCGGGACCUGGUGGUUUUCAUCAACAAGUUCGCCGACACCCGUCUGGAGCUGCCGCGGGGCUGGGAGGUGAAGGCCGACGCCCAGGGCAAGUCGUUCUUCGUCGACCACAACAGUCGCGCCACGACCUUCGUGGACCCGCGGAUCCCCCUGCAGAACGGCCGGCUGCCGGGCCACCUGGCCCACCGGCAGCACCUGCAGCGGCUACGCAGCUACAGCGCCGGAGAGGCCUCGGACGUGUCCAGAAGUCGAGGAGCUUCUCUGAUUGGUCGGCCCGGGAACAGCCUGGUGGCCGCAAUCCGGGGCCAGUACCAGGCCGACGCCCAGCAGCCGGCGGCUCCAUCGUACAACGACAAGAUCGUGGCGUUCCUCCGACAACCCAACGUCUUUGACAUGUUACAGGAGCGGCAGCCGAGUCUGAGCAGGAACCACGCCCUCAGGGAGAAGAUCCACUACCUCCGGACCGAAGGUCCUCAGGCGGUGGAGAAGCUGUCGUGUGACGCCGACCUGGUGAUCCUGCUGAGCUUGUUUGAGGAGGAGAUCAUGUCCUUCAUCCCUCCGUCUCCUCCUCCUCCUCCCUCCAUCAUCCCCGGGUUCAGCUUCUCCCCGCGCUGCUCGCCGGGACCCUCCCCCCAAAACUCCCCAGGUCUCCAGAGGUUCCGGGCUCCGGCUCCGUACCGACGGGACUUCGAGGCCAAACUCCGGAACUUCUACAGGAAACUGGAGGCCAAAGGCUACGGCCAGGGACCGGGGAAGAUCAAGCUGCUGGUCCGGAGGGAGCUCCUGCUGGAGGGAACCUUCAACCAGGUGAUGAACUGCAGCCGGAAGGAGCUGCAGAGGAACAAGCUCUACGUCACCUUUCUGGGGGAGGAGGGGCUGGACUACAGCGGACCCUCCAGAGAGUUCUUCUUCCUGCUGUCCCAGGAACUCUUCAACCCGUACUACGGCCUGUUCGAGUACUCGGCCAACGACACGUACACGGUCCAGAUCAGCCCCAUGUCGGCCUUCGUGGAGAACCACCUGGACUGGUUCCGGUUCAGCGGCAGGAUUCUGGGUCUGGCUCUGAUCCAUCAGUACCUGCUGGACGCUUUCUUCACCCGCCCGUUCUACAAGGCUCUGCUGAGACUGCCCACCGACCUGUCGGACCUGGAAUACCUGGACGAGGAAUUCCACCAAUCGCUGCAGUGGAUGAAAGACAACGACAUCACGGACGUGCUGGACCUGACGUUCACCGUCAACGAGGAGGUGUUUGGACAGGUGACGGAGCGGGAGCUGAAGGCCGGCGGGUCGCACCUGCAGGUGACGGAGAAGAACAAGAAGGACUACAUGGAGCGGAUGGCCCGGUGGAGGGUGGAGAGGGGGACGGUGCCGCAGACGGAGGCGCUGGUGCGGGGCUUCUACGAGGUGGUGGACUCCAGGAUCGUGUCAGUGUUUGACGCCCGGGAGUUGGAGCUGGUGAUCGCCGGCACCGUAGAGAUCGACCUGGAGGACUGGAGGAGCCACACGGAGUACCGGGGAGGUUACCAUGACAACCACGUGGUGAUGCGCUGGUUCUGGGCCGCCCUCCACCGCUUCACCAACGAGCAGCGUCUCCGUCUCCUCCAGUUCGUCACCGGGACGUCCAGCGUCCCCUACGAGGGAUUCUCCGCCCUGAGGGGGUCCAACGGGCUCCGGAGGUUCUGCAUCGAGAAGUGGGGGAAGGUGACGGCCCUGCCCCGCGCCCACACCUGCUUCAACCGGCUGGAUCUUCCUCCGUAUCCGUCCUACACCGUCCUGUACGACAAGCUGCUCAUCGCCGUGGAGGAGACCAGCACCUUCGGCCUGGAGUGACCUCUGACCUCUGACCCCUGGUGACCCCCGGUGACCUCUGACCCCCGACCUGGACCACUGAACCAGGUCGGGCGGUGGUUUCUGAACUUGUUUUGUAAGAAUCUUUACGGGUGGAAGUGAAAAACUGAAAAAGUGAAAAACUGAAGAAUCCUCAGGCUCGACGCCGAUCUGAUGCAUCUUCUUCUUCUUCUUCUUCUUCUUCCUGCUCCUUCCUGGUUAUGGAAUAUGGUUUUAUGGAAUAAGCUUUUGAUUGUGUUGUCAUUUUACUUGUUUGUUUUUUCUAAUUGCAUAUUUCCAUGAUCGGAAUAAAUAAAAAUGAAAUGAAAUGAAAUGAAAUGAAAUGAAAUGAAAUGAAAUGAAAUCCUCCCAACGAAACCACGGAUCAGAGCUGGAGAUUUAUCUCUGAAAUAUAUCUGUAACUGAAAUCUAUCUCUAUCUUACGUUAGAGAAUCACGGCCAGGCAGGAGAAAAAUAAAAAUAAUAUUUUAGAGGAGGAAAAAAAAUUUUUCAUUAUGCACUUCGAGAAAAACGUCGACAUUUUUGUGAAUAAAAAUAAAGAAAUUUCAACUUUAUUCCCGAAAUUUCGACUUUAUUCUUGAAAUUGUAUUUCAACAUUAAUCUCAACAUCUUCGACAUUUGGACUUUUUUCUCAAACUGCACAUUAAAAAAAAUCUUCCCCUCUGAAAUAUUUUUUAUCCUGCAUGGCCCUAAUACUCUUCCGUACUAUCUGAAAUAUAUCUCUAAUAGAAAUAUAUAUCUGACUGAAAUAUAUCUCUGAAAU